AUGAAUGGAGAGAAAGUUGACGACGGAGAACUCCCAAGCUACGCCGACGUACGCGAAAGGUCUGAUAUGCAAUCUGGAAGCACGCCUCUUCGGACUGAACAUGUGUAUUCGCUAAACAACUCGAAAGGAAAGGCUUGGCUGAGUCUUCACCUCGCUAGCCGUGCACCCACACCAAAGGUGCUUCCGGUUUUCAAAGAUGGAGAUGAAAUAUCCGGAGAGGUGAAGAUCGAGCUUGAAAAGCCAGAAAGCAGCAAGGGCGUUGUGAUUGGCGUGAGUCGCUAUCUGGUUGGAUUCAUCGACCAUCAGCUUACCACUUCUGACCUGAAGAUUGUAGCAGAGAACACAUCAGUUGGCCAAGAAGCCAUUAGAUUUGUCGAUGUAUCUACUACACUAUGGGCACCUUCACCUUCAUCGACGAAACUUGCUGGAACCCUGACCUGGAGUUUCAAGCUCUCCUUACCCAAGGAAGCUUUAGCUUCAGCCUCAUCAAAGGAUCCAUUGAAGAGCUAUCCACUCCCACCAACUUUCAGUGAACGAGCAAGUCCUGCAUAUAUCGACUAUAAAAUCAUCGUCACCGUGAAAAAGGGUAUGCUUAAAGUGAACCAAACAUUAAGCACAAGCUUUGCGUACGUUCCGCGUUGGGUUGCAGAACCCCCAUCCCCAUUACGCUUGGCAGCUUACCUUGAUGGGAGCCCAUUAAUCGGACCCGAGGCCGAUCCGGAGGGAUGGAGGAUUCUUCCUCCCGUUAGAGUUAGCGGCACACUGUUCGACACGAAGAACAUCGAGGUUGAAAUGACUUUGGCUCUUGCCACUCCUCUUUCAUACGCGGUUGGCUCGCCUAUUCCUUUACUCCUCACUCUCAAGAGCACAGACGAACAAGCACUCGACCUCCUCGCACAGCCCGCCGCACAAUCCAUCUUCCUCACACGCACCACAGCGAUUGGAUCUACAGCAACGGACGAAACCGCCCCUCGGCGCAGUAACAACACAUUCCCAGAACAUCUCGGCCGAGCAUACUGGUGGCCGAGUGAGGAAAGCACUACCACGCAGAGUAAGGAAGGUAGUGAACGUGUGCUCCAGGGUGAAAUUGACAUCAGUAGGAACUUGAAACCCGGCUUCGUCUUUCCGCGGCUCACAAUUCGGUACCACAUCUCCGUCUUCCCAUUCUCGGCAGCAGGCUUUGUACCCUCCAUUCCACAGGACCAUCUUCUACUCUCGGAGAAAAUUUCCAUCGUCACGGAGAACGCACCAGGUGUCGUCCCGCGCUCGCAUGCACCUCCGGGUUACGUCAAGCCCGCAGAAGGGAACUACAACAACUCGAUGGGGUAUCUGGAGAACGGAAAUCAAAGGUUCUAUCACCACCACGGACGUUAG